AUGGAGGAUGUACCCUGCAAAGCCACAGGAGUGGAGGUGCCCAAGACCACAGAAACCCACCUCUUGGAUCGGCAUAACCUGGAUCUGCCUCUGGCUGUGGCCACAGACAACUUCAUCAGCACCUGUUCCUCGGCCUCCCAACCCUGGUCCCCUAGAUCAGGACCCGCCCUCAAUAACAACCCCCCAGCUGUGGUGGUGCACUCCCCACAAGGCUGGGCUGGGGAGCCCUGGAACCGGGUCCAGCAUAGCCUGCCCCGGGCAGCAGCCCUGGAGCGGACAGAAGCCUCGCCACCCCCUUCAGCUCCCCGAGAGCCUGAUGAGGGGCUGCCCUGUCCUGGCUGCUGCCUCGGCCCCUUCAGCUUUGGCUUCUUGUCCAUGUGCCCCCGCCCCACACCAGCUGUUGCCCGCUACCGCAACCUGAACUGUAAGGCAGGCAGUCUCCUCUGCCACCGAGGGCACCACGCCAAGCCACCCACACCCAGCCUGCAGCUGCCUGGGGCACGCUCUUAGCAGUGGAGCCUUUGGUCUUAGGCCUCCCACUUUGGCCUUCAGGACACCCUGUGAGGACAGAGCACACUUGCUGGACAGUGCCAGCCCCAGAUGGGCUGACCGGCUCUUCUCCUGAUGUAGGGGAGCCCCAGCAUGGACUCAAGGGACACAGCACUUCCAGUCCGACCCCUGGGCUUGCGCUCCCGUGGGGAUCACUGAACCAGACACAGCAUUGCUGACACAUGAGACUAACACAUGCAAUUAUUUAAAAA